AUAAAUAAUCAAACAUCAAACAACAAGUAGCCUUUACACAAAAAAAAAUAAAAAAUCAUAAUACAUAAAAAAUAUGUUAAUUGCUUACACAAACCAGCACUCAACAACAGAACAUAAUAAAACGCACAAAAAAUAAACUAAUAAAUAAAAAAUAAAUAAAAAUAAAAAUAUCCACGAAUAAACAAUAAAAUGGACAAUAAAAAGAACAUAACAAACACUAUUAAAGACUUUACAGAUCGCACAUAUCUCCAUCCGCAGUAUGAUGAAAAAUUUCUUACAGAGCCGUCAAAAGUACAGGAAACAAUGGACUUCCUCGAGCAGAUGCUGAAUGCCAACAAAAUGGUGGACAAACGGGCAGAUAAGAAGUCAGAGCGGUCUGAAACCAGUGAGAGUGUUACGGAUGAAGACUUUGUAAUAUUUAGGCGCUUGCAGAGUGGUCGAAUGUCGUCAAAGAGAUCCAGGUCAAAGAUCAAGUUAUCGGCUAACACGAACCAGUUCACAUUCAUGCGACAAAUUGAUAACAGCGCACAGCAACGCAGCUCGACGCGCGAGGAACGCGAACGAGUUGCCAAUAAUUUUCGCAGGUUGGGCAACUUCGCCUAUCGCAAGGGACAGUUUAACCAUGCCAUUGAAUUUUACAACCAUGGAUUGGAGUACAUAACGGAUACGCCAGUUCUAUACUUGAAUCGCGCCUGUUGCUAUAUUAAGCUGCGCAGCUUUCAGCGUGCCAUUAUGGACUGCGAUCAUAUAUUGAAUAACUUGGAUCCGAAGCAUAUGCGCGCCUGGCUCUAUCGAGCUCUUGCCUUCAAGCGCCUGAACGAGGAGAACAAGUUCAACGAAUGCAUACGCCAGGUGAGGCGACUGAAUAGCAGGGAAAAGGCAUUUAUUGAUGGAUUUUUGGAACGAAUGCAGUCAGCACUCUAACUGCGCUCUGCAAAUUCUAUGUGUGUAAAUUCCAGAACAUAACAGAACAGAAAUUUGGCAUGAAUUCAUUUCGAGCAAAUAAAUCAGAAUUACAGUGAUUAGUCCUAAA